CUUUUAUCAUUUCAGAAUGGAACUUCUUGAGGUAAGAGGGAAGAGCACUCGGGGACUGAGGAAGGUGUUUGUAAUUCUAAGCACCGACAUGGUGGAAGGUUUGUCGCACCUCUUGAUGGUUCGUGCACAGGCUGGUGUACCAUCAACAAACACGUUCCUAUUCUCCAGAUGUACAGAUUCACCACAGGAUGGCUGUGAAGCACUGAGAGUGGUCACAUCUAAGUGUCACAAUCUUGCCUUUCCAGAACGGGUCAGGACAACAAAACUGAGAAAGUAUUUGGCAACUACUACUCAGAUAAUGGAUAUGAGAGAUGAUGAGCUGAAGUUAAUUGCUGAUCACAUGGGACACUCUGUUGCCAUACAUACUGAAGUGUACAGAAUGCAGACGUCAGUGCUUGAACGAACAAAAGUUGCAAGGGCUCUUCUAGCUUUAGAAGAUGGUAAACUACAGGGGUUUAAUGGUCGCAACCUUUCGUCGGUCAGCCUUGAUGAAUUGCCUGAACCUGAACCUGAACCUGAACCUGAACCUUACGAAGCAGGGUCAUUUGAAGAAUUGUCUGAACCAGACAACAGCUAUGAGGAUGUUCCUGAAGUUGAAACAGAAGCUGUACAGAAGCCUCAUGCAUGUACAGGAUCAAAAAAACGAUGGUCGAAAGAGGAGGAGAGUGCUCUACGGGAAGCCUUUGACAUUCAGAUAAAAAUGCAGAAAAACGUUUCAACAAUGGAGAUCAGGAAAGCACAGAAGUGUUAUCCUGUGUUGCAAGGCAGAUCAGAAGCUGUUAUUCGGACAAAAAUAAACAACAUCAAAUUAGGAAAAUACAAAAAAAUUAUGAACUGAAUUCAACCACUGGUAGAUAAGGGUAAUUUAAAAAAAAUAAAGCCAUUGGUUUACAGUUGUAUGAUCAUGAACAUUUUUUGUGUCAGAAUGCAGAAAUUGAUGAGUGAAUUGGACUUUGCAAAGACAUGUGUUUUUGAAAUUAUAAAUGACUUUCACUGUUUAGUUUUCGCAGUGACCUUUGGAGGAAAUUGCUUUUCCAAUCAAUAACUGGAGAACCGUUGGGCCAAGCUUUGUGAAACUUAAUAGGGAGGUUUGUUUUUUAGUUGACCUCUAUUGUUUUUAGGUCAAAGGUCAAAGUGACCUUGUAUGUUCAAACACUGUGAAAGAGUUGGGCCUAAGUUAAAGAAACAUAGUGUAGUUGGCUGUGACCAGUAGAUGGCACCUAUGAAUUUUCAGGUCACAGAAUAAGUUCAAGGUCGUAAGUGCAAUGUUGCAUAUAGAGAUAUUGUAUACUCUCAUUUUGCGACAAAUAUUGGCAUGGGGCAUCUGUGUUGUAUGGACAUAUUUCUAGUUCAUCAAGCGAGUUUGUAUUUGUACCUGCCAUGCACCGGCAUUGACUAAUGGAUCAGUCUGGGUGCAAGGUGUGCAGUCUGAUCUGGGUCACACUGUUUGCUAAUCACCAGUAAUUAUUGUAGAUCUCUUAUGAACAGCAUGGCCCAGUUUAGACUUCGAUCUCAAGAGCAGUUUGGUCUAAGUCAAUGCUGGUUGCUGAUGCAUGAUGGUUGCUUGUUGUACAUCAGACCUUAUUUGUACCUGUUUAAACAUUAUUUUCUUACUUUUGUCAGUUUUUUUUUUUCAUUUGUUGUGUCAUUAUAUUUAAGGUCCAGAAGCACAGUUGUCAAUUACGUUGGAGCAGUAUUAGAGUCACUACAUUACUUAAACAUACUGAUCUUUUUUAGCUAUUGUGAUCACUAGGUUGUCGAUAUUGUCUGCGCCAUCGUCAGCCACGGCGUGCAAAAACUUUUAUGUAAGCCAUAACAUUGCCAUUUAUUAUCGCAAAUGGCAAGAGCUUUCAAAUGGCUAAUAUUUCAUUGAGUGUGACCUUCUUGGUGACCUUCAAAAAAAAGACAAGCAUUGGGGCAUUACGGCUCUUGUUUCAUCAAAAAAAAUAUUUGUUCAAGGUAACUACAAUUAGUCCUCUACAACUUUCACAUUUCAUUUAGUUCAACAGUUCUAUCACAUUUUACAAGUUUUACAUAUUUUUGAGAAAAAAAGUAAAAUUGUGCUACUGUGGACAUUUAUUGUUUUACUCUUUUUUAUUAUUAAUUAAUAAUCUUUAAGAUUGGUAUCUUCAUUCCAUUUUGGACAUGGUCUGGUCAGUAUUAGUAUUAUACAUAUGAAUGUUAGAAGGUUCAUAUAUAUAUAUGUUUGCAAUUACAAGAUAAAAAUGCAGAUACUAUUGCAGCCAAAUUGUGUUACAAUGUAUUACUAUCUGAUGUGUUGUGUGUCAUUGAAUAGCAUAAUCCAUGAGACAUCUUGCACCCAAGCUGAUCCAGGCAAAUGCUGGUCAUGCCCAAAGAAUUUUAUCUGCCAUUGAUUCUUAGAAUUGUAAGGUUUGUGCCCAGCACAUCAUCAGGCACAUUGAAUUUUUACCGUAAUGUAACAAUAAUACAUUGUUCUGGUUCUUACAUAGUUUCAAAUCGUGUAUUACUGUAUACAAAGUUCCCAUUUUAUGUCAUGGGCACAUGCAAGAUGCACAGAGUUGGCAAUAUUGAUAGUCCAGCAAUAUCAGUAGAUUUCUAUAUGAAAUGUAUAUAAACAGAAAUUUCAUUUUCUUUUAAUUUCAUCAUUUCUGGUCAUAUACCUAUCGUUCAUAUUUCAUUGGAAAGCUCUUGAAAUUCUUAAUUUGAAGAUGUCAUAAUUAAAAACUAAAAAUGAGGUUAAACAAACAGACCAUUUAUUGUUCAAUGUUCUUUUCAGUCAAAUUGUGGAAAAAAAAUCAUAUAGUGUAACUUUUAUGCUUAUAAUUUUCUGUAGACAAUAUUAUAUUGUAAAAUAUAUUUAUAUCUAAAAUGCAAAAUGAAUAACCGUUAAAAUGAUACCAUUUUGAGCUCACCUGAGCACGAAGCUUUUAGGAUCACCUUACGUCCGUUGUCCGUGGUGUGUCAACCUGCUUCAAAUGACAUCUCCUAAACUAUGCCAAUUUUGAUAAAACUUUACAAGAAUGAUCAUUGGGUGACCCUAUACUAAAAUUGCUUUAUUUGUUCUGCUUUUGUUGCACAAGAUGACUAUCAUUACUAAAAAUAAAAAAAUCUUUAAGUGGCAUAUUCUUUUAAACCACUACGCCAAAUUUGCCAAAUAAGUUUACAGAAGUGAUCCUUGGGUUAUUCUUGACAAAAUUGAUUAAAUCAUUUCUUUAUGAUGCAAGAGAUGGCAGUUGUCGCUAGAACAUUAUUGGAUAUUUUGACAUGAACUAGUAUACUAAUUGUUCAGGUGAGUGUCUAAGGGCCCUCGGGCCAUCUUGUUAAUAUACCUUUUCAGAGCUGUUAACAAUAUUUUUUAUAUUAAGUUAAAAAUAACAGAAGCUAUUAACAUUUUCCCCCACUGUAAUUGUAAACUAUCAAAAUGGCUGCCAGAUUAUUGUAAAUAAGAACAAUAUAACUCUUAUCAGAUAGAAAAAUUGGUGCUUUGAAAACUAUAUUGAUAUUUUAUCUGUUUCUAUGUAUAGACGGCUUUGUAAAUUUCAUACAAUGAAUAGUUGGUUUCCUAUUGAACUAUUACGCCAUUUUGGCAUAGAACGUAACCAAAGAAUAUGUACUUUGUGAAGUUGUUUAGGUGAUGAGUUUCAGUACUGUUUCAGUCACUUUAAAUCUACACGUAAAAAAAUAUUUAUAAAUAUUUUAGAAUUCAUCCUCUUAUAAAAUGGAAAAGUUAAUGAAUACGUAAUAUACAUCUGUACUUUUUAAAGUUAGUAUUAUUUUGUAAAAUUGUUAUGAAUAAUUUUAUUCAUUAUAAAUCAUGUCAUGGAUUUUUAAUUACAUGUAAAUCUUAGUAUUGUGCUAUAGUCAUAAUUCUUUUAACUACAUUGUGAAAGUGUGACUUAGUGCUACUUUGACAUAAUAUAAUUGUUGUAAUAUCCUAAAAUCUGUUGUAAGUUUUGUUGCUUGUUAAUACAGUUCUACCGGUACUUGUUCUUGAGUUCAUAUUACUUUAGAAAUUAAUUAUGUUAGAUGUAUGUGUUUACAUCACACACAAUUGUGAUUCUACUGUAUAAUUAUAUAAGUAAAUAUGUCCAAUCUAGAAUCUGUUUUAUACUGAUUGCAUAAUUACCUUAAAGAUCGCUCACUGUUUAGCCCUUACAAUGCUGGAACCGAGUAUACUCGUCUUUUGCAAACAGUGUAGACCCAGAUCAGAGGG